AUGAAUGUCAACAAGAAACUCGACCGUUUCAAACAAUGGGCAGGAGAGCGUAUGGGUGGGGAAGUCAAGACCAAUGUAUCCGACGACUUCAAGGCCCUUGAGGUGGAGAUGGGCCUCCGUCAGGAGGGUCUCGAGAAAAUGCAACGAUCAACGAAUGCCUAUAUCAAAGCCAUCUCAAAACGGUCCGAGGUGGAGGGGAAAGAGAAAACACUUCCGAUCGCGUAUAUGGGCGGGACCAUGAUUUCGCACGGCGAAGACUUUGAGACAGAUUCGGAAUAUGGUCAAUGUCUCAACAUGUUUGGCCGAACGCAAGAACGGUUGGCUCGCGCACAGGAAACCUACAUUACAAGCGCCACCACUUCCUGGCUAGAAUCUCUCGAGAGGUCUUUGGUCCAGUUGAAAGAAUACCAGGCCGCUCGCAAGCGACUCGAGACGCGCCGACUGGCCUAUGAUACAUCUCUAGCAAAGAUGCAGAAGGCCAAGAAGGAAGAUUUCCGUGUCGAAGAGGAACUGCGGACUCAGAAAGCUAAAUAUGAAGAAUCUGCCGACGACGUUCAGCGCCGAAUGGAAGAAAUCCGUGACUCGGAUCCUGAGAGUGUUGCCGAUCUUGCAGCGUUCCUCGAUGCUGAACUGGCGUAUCACGAUAAGUGCAGAGAAGCACUGUUGCAACUGAGGAGCGAGUGGCCUGCCAGAGUCCAGCUAUCAAAUCGUAGUAACCGUCCUAACCCUCGAUCAAGAUCAAAUACUGUUCGGUCAUACACUCAGACUGUUGAGCCAGCGGAAGAAACUCCGCCAGCGGUCGAAGUGCGGCCGACUAUCAAGUCGACUCGGAGCGGCCGCUUUGCCGACCAACCUACGCCCGAAUAUUCGCCAGCUCGCCCGAUAUAUGCCAGAGCCACGACGUACAAUGACUCUCAUCCUGUGAGGGAUCUAUCUCCAGCUACCAGGCCUGGGAUUUCACGCAUCCCCAGUGAUUCUUUGAUGAUUCGAACCGCUCGAUCGCAGCUACGGAGCGUGGACGAACAGGAUGUCUUUGCAGAUGAAUCGGGCUCUUACACGAACAGUGGCUCAGAUCGCGGUUACGGGGACCCAUCUAUAUCCCCUGCAACUUCUCACGGCAGUGAAUCAGUGACGCUUCUGACUGGAAAGAAGAAUGCUGUCCCGCCUCCUCCACCUCCGUCACGCUCAAAGAAGCCACCGCCCCCUCCUGUACCAGCAAAACGCACUGUUCUUACGUGA